UCUGUAUACAUAUAUUUAAUAUAUAUGCGUAUUUUUUUCAUACUUUAUUUGCUUACUUUAUGUGCACGUUUAUACGAUCGAGCUUCUGCUCUUGAGAGAAAAAGAAAAAGAACAUAAUCGGUUGAACAAUGCGAGUGCCUCUAUGCAUUUGCACAUACUAUUGUUAUAAAAAUGUGAAUAUACUUUUUUUUGUUAUCUUUGUAUUGUGGGUCGUGAUAAUAUCAUCCUCGUUUUGUUUUAUAUAUUCGUCAAUGUCGCGUUUAGUUUCCGCGUGGAUCAUAUCGAAAAAGAGUGUCCAAUAUGAUAUGUACAAAUUGCACACACGUGAGAUAUGUGUUAUUCGAUAUAGAAUGUUCAAAUCACAGUGAAAAAUAGAAUUUGUUUACAUAUAUAUGUAUACAUAUAUGUAUGUAUGCUGCGACACAUGAUCGUUUUCAGUAUAACGAACAAUGUCUAGAGAAAGGAAAAAAGAAAAGUAACGUAAAUGUCUCGAAACCGAUGUUACAAAACGAAAACACACGAUCUUACAAAGAUCUCCUUGACACGAUCGAGAGUUGAUAAAACAAUGAUUUUGAAAAAAAUUUUUUGGGGAAUUCUAUGUGUUGACUUUUCUUCGACGUUUUUUUUUUUUUUUCUUAAAUGACAUCUUUUCUUGGACACGGAAAAAGAACGAGAAAGAAAGAGAGAGAGAAAAUCGAAUUUUUCCUAGGCGUUCUCGGGAUUAAACUCUAGCACAGAAAAUACUCCGUAGUUUAUAAAUGAAACAGCAACAGUGGUAUCGGGACACUUCAGGAUUGCGAAUUCGUUUACCUCUCGUGAAUUACAUGUUACCAUCGUUUGUCUGUUGAGAGACAGAGAGAAAGAAUGAGAGAGAGAGAGAGAGAGAGAGAGAGAAUGCGUGUGUAUGCAAACUAAUCGUUUGAUAAAAUCGUGUCUGUAAAUAAACGAACUAUUAACCUUCGCUUUGCCAGUGGUCUCAAGGUUUGUUAGUGUCUUUUCAACUUAUGACUUCGAAAAAAAAAAAAAAGAGAGAACUUCUGCGUUUUAUGCCGCGAUUUUUACAUAUUUUUAAACGACAACGUAAAAAAGGAGUCUUGAAAGAUCUCGAAUACUAAGAAAACACGUGAUCAUCGAUGCAUUCGCUAUUUCGACACACUGUUCUUUCUCGUGCUGUUGUGAUUAUGAUAAGAUUGUGUCGUUCAAGGAAUUAUACGUUUGGUUGAUAACACACAAGUGUCAAAUUAUAAUCGCCAUUAUUAUCAUCAUCUCGAAAUAAUUCGGGGCGUUAUCUUUAUCACAAUAUCCCGUUAUACAAUGGUUUAACCCUGCAAUGGCACUUUGUUUUCCUUCGGUGGCAGUGUGCAAAUUUGGUUCGUGACUGCAAUAUACAUACAUGUGUAUACGGUAGUGCCAUUCCUCUUUCGUCGACAGGCUUUCCAAUUUCUUAAGUUGUUAAUUUUUAUUCAAAGCGUCAUGUCAAAAGAUAAUCGACUAUUUAUUCUCAAUUCUUCAAUUAUAUUAAAUACUCGAGUCUACACUACUACGAACGAAAUCGAUAUACAUAUAAAUUGUUUCUCUCUUCUGGAUUUGAUUUGAACUUUUCAUUGGUAGCGAUGUGUCGUUGCAAGAUUAAUAUCGUUUUGUUCGAUCAUGAGUGUCAAGCAAAAAAUGUGAAUCUGAAUACCUCCCUCAGCAUUUGAUAGUGAUUUAACACACCGCUCUGUUCAACGUGCACAGCAUAAACGUUGUUCAAGAUGAGAUACGUCGUAAAUGAUGUCGAUCAGAGAGCAUCUUUUCAGUAUUAUUUGGAUAAUCUGUCUUGUACGCAAGAAAGGUAGUGGUGAGAAAAAUUUACGUGACGGAAAUAGAGUGUGGUUAGGUCACAAGUAUACAGGUUGUUCAAGUCUCUUUGCCAGUCAAACUUUGUCAGGAUGUUCUAGAUGUAAAUGGAAAAAUGAUGUUAUACAAAUAUAUAGAUUGUCUGAAGCUUUAUUAAAAUAUUAUCAAAACAAAAAUCUAAAGAGAACGAUAGUUACAAAUUCCAGAUCUUCAAUUUUAUAUCGUUGUACUUUUGUGAGCAUCUUUAAAGAAAAACCUGAUACAAAGACUCUGAUUGAUUCAUAAAAUGAACUUUGUAGACAAUUUUGAAGUGACAAUUAAUGAUUAUAUAUCGAUUGUGAACUUAUCCUUGUCUUAUAACGUAGCAACUAUAAAUCAAUUUCUCAAAACCUUUUAAUAAAGCUUCAAAGAACGUAUGUCUACAUAACACUCGUUUCUCAUUUAUACCCAUGGAAUAUCCUAACAAAGCCAUGGCCAAAAAAAAGUUAGAAUCCUGUGUAAACAUAUGUGUGCCGUGUAAAUUCGAUUUCAUGCAGACAAAAAAAAAAAGAAAAAAAAAAGAAACACCAUGGAAAUUCUACAGCCUCGCAUAAGAUAUACAAAGCAUUUAUUUUAGCCAAACGUAAAGGCGAUUCACAAUCAACAUAAAUCGUAGUAUUAUGAAACUUUACACUCAUCGUAGCAUGUCAGAAAAAGACGAAAAGAAACUACGAAACUGGUUUUUAAAUUGUACAAAAUCGGAGUCCUGAAGAAUACCGUGUUUAAAUGCUUCCAAUAAAUUAAAAAAAAAAAAAAAUUGAUAAAUAAAAUGAACGAUAACAUACAGAGAAUGGAAUAAUUAAGAUAAAACGAAUAAAUAGGAAGAUAUAGUGCGAGCGACAGCAAUUUUUAAACCGCGAUCACACGUGAUCCCGACUGUACUUCUCGAAGAGUGCUCUUGGCGUCUCUCUGCUUUCUUUCUGCCGCAUUUAACGUAGAUGAUCGAGAACGCGUUUACUUUUCUCGCUCGCCGUUUUAUCGAACUUCAUCAUGGACAGCUCCAUCGUGAGUUCUUCGUAGUAUGAAAUCUUCUGAAAUAGUCAAAAUCGUGCAGCAAAGGCCUCUGCUUGCAGAACUGCUCGAGAAUGAAGGGGAUACCAGGGACUCGAAUUUCCUCGAGGAGGAGGAUCGUAUUUUUGGCUGGCAGGAAAAAGUAUUCAGCCCGUUCGAAGUAAGUUUCUACAGCGAGGAGACGAAUUGCCUGACCGAAUGUCAGAAAGUAUAUUAUCGGCAAAUCAAGGAGAGGAGCAUCGAGGGUUCUCAACUUUAUACCUACACUCAGAACGAUUCGUAUUAUCUGGGCGAUGAAUUGUUAACGAAACGUUAUAAGACAAAAUUGGCAAUUAAGAACCAAACGGCGUUACCGGCCUUGCAAAAUCGCAAACCGUUCCCUGAAAGGCACAACAAAACGGUCGUCGACGAUGCACCUGACGAAACAAGGAUUCGAACGAAUCAUUAUCUCUAUAUGGAACGUUCCACGAUGUAUGUCAUGGUUGAUUUAUCUCAACAAGAUAAAGUUUUAAGAAGCACCGACGAGGAUACGGAAAUAGUGUUACUCGCGAUUACGUACAAUGGACUGAAUAAAAUUUUAACGGUGGAUCCUGACUUCACGGACGACCAUUGUUAUACUAUAACGAAUUCCAGCGGUAUUCGAUUUAAUUAUUGGCUGGAGCAUGUUUCCGAGAAACAAUCGUCAUUGGAAUUACAGCAACAACAAAAUGAAUCGCGAAAAGAAAUUAAGGAACGUCUGAAACAUAGAGGAGUAGAAAUAUUUCACAGUUUCCAGUUAGUAUCACCAAAUGUAUAUAAAUUUUUUAUAAAAUUGGACAUUUUGUCAGCUCAUGAUUUCUUUUUUGAUGGACUUUGCAUUUCCUAUUAUGUUGAUUUGCCAGAACAUUGGAGUACAAAUCAAAUUGAUAGAUUGUUCGGAAGAACUCAGAGAUGUAAUUUAAAAAAUAAUUCGGCAUAUUUUAGUUAUGCAACUGAAAUGUCAUUAGAUUUUCAAUCUAUAGUCAUGCUUGAUGCGAACACUGUUUUAUUAUCUUGGCCACGAUUAUUACUAUCAGUUACAUCACUUGACAGCUGGUUUAGAUAUCGCACAGAAGGUUACGCUAUGAUACCUUUACCUGUACUACCUGGUUUAUAUAAAUUCAACAUUCCAACUUGGCGACCAACAGGAAGUAUCAUUAACACUCUUAGAAGAUUUUUUACAGGCAGUACUUACGAACUGGAAGAUAUAACUUAUUGCAGUAUUCCAAAAGGAUAUGAGAAUAAAAUGUUGAAUAAGUCACACUUAAACGUUACAUCAAGUGGUUACAUAAAGUUAAUCGUGAAUAUUAUUCAUCAAACUCAUAGUUCAAUUAAGCAUGGUGAUCAGUUAGAUUAUUUUCAAAGACUGAGUACAGAUAAACUUAUGACUAAUAUAGACAAUAUUUUUGAACAGUUUAAAGCAGCUAGAGAACGUAUGUUGCAAAUUAGAAAUUUAAACAUUUAAUUAUUCAAUAUCAAAUGAUUAAGAAGCCAUAAAAAAAAUGAUCUGUGAUACAAAAUAUUUGAAAAUAAAAAUUUUUUUUUAAUAUAUUUAUUAAAUGAAGUAAAAUAUUAUAAUUUUUUCUAGAGUUGAUAAAACAAUGGUAUACCUGUAAUUCCAGAAUGUUCAUUUUUUAAGUUACAAAUAUAUUUUGUUAAAUAUUGAUUGAUAUUAUGGUUAAAAAUUGCUUUACGUUCAUAUAAUAUUAUAUAUAAUAUUUAAAUUAUUUCUUUACAGAUGUUUCUAAACAGCAAUACAUAAAAGAAAAAAUAAUAAAAUAAUUAUAAAUAUAUACACUGAAUAUAAGUGGCAAUAAUUUACAAAGUUAUAGAUUUGAUAUGAAAAACAUCAAACGUUUACUGUAUUGACAUUCACUAAAAUGCAUUUUAUUCUUUCUUUUUUAAAUUUCUGAAUAGCCAUCUAUAAAAUCAUAAUUUACAAUAAG